AUGGCCUCUUCUGCCCCCAUAUCCAGCACGACUGGACCCAAGCAAAAGAUCAAAAUCGCCCUUUCUAUUGACUUUGAUGCAAUUUCCGGCUGGCUGGGCACAUCUCAACACCCCGAUAACAACAUGGCCGACAUCUCAUCCGGCUACUUCAGCGGCUACGUUGGUGUUCCUCGGCUCCUCAAAGUAUUCUCCCGUCUCGGUAUAUCUGAUAGAAUAACUUGGUGCAUCCCCGGCCACUCGAUGGAAACGUUCCCUGAACAAACAAAGGCGAUCGUCGAGUCAGGAGCUGAAAUCGCACUACACGGUUAUUCUCACGAAGGAAGCACACAAAUGACGGCACAACAGGAAAGAGAUGUGUUGGUCAAGACGAUGAAGCUGGCAGAGGAGCUGGCAGGCAGGAAACCUAGAGGGUACAGAGCACCAUUGUAUCAAAUCCAAGAACGUACAGUGAGGUUGUUGCAAGAGCACGGCUUUCUUUGGGACUCAAGUCUGGCGCAUGUGGACAGCGCGCCAUACUUGUUACCCAAGAACGUGGACAAACUCGACACGAUCGAGUUUUCUCCCGACAAGGAGGCAAGUAGUUGGAUGAAGCCUUCCAAGGACUUUAUGAAGUUGGAUAAGUCUACGCUGGUUGAAAUUCCGUGCAAUUGGUAUAUGGAGGACAUGACACCCAUGCAAUUCUUCCCCAAUGUGCCGAAUUCACAAGGCUUCGUCGACGUUCGCUUGAUCGAACGCAUGUGGAUGGAUCGUUUCGAGUGGCUGAAGAGCGAAGUUGAAGAUGGCAGGGAAGAUAUGACAAUCUUCGCUCUCGUCCUUCAUCCAGACACUAGCGGAAUGGCGCACGUAAUCGGAAUGAUUCAGAGAUUCCUGACUUGGGUCAAAUCUUUUGGAGACGAGGUUGAGUUCUGCACCUACGAACAGAUUGCAACUGAAUUCAUAAGGCAGAGAUAA